AUGCAAAUUGGGCUUCCAACAGAUGUCAAGCAUGUUGCCCAUAUUGGCUGGGAUGGUCCUUCUGCCAAUAAUCCAAGCUGGAUGAAUGAAUUUAGUAUGGCACCAUCGAUUACAUCUGCUCCUUUUAAUCGUUCUACCCGUGCAAACAUCAAAGACAAAGACGACGUUUCUACGAAGCAGGCCUCUGAAGAUGAAAGCGAAAGUGGAGAAAAGGGUUCAAACAGAUCGCCGGACGUGCGGCCUAAAUCAUCAAAACACCGGUCGUCAAGUGAGUCUCCGACCAGCCAAGAAAGAUCAGAGAGACACAAAGCAAGACGGUCUUCCAAGUCUAAGGAGAGCUCCGACAAAAAACAAAGCAGCCCAGGAGGGGAGGCUCAGAAUGAGUCGCCCAACUCAAGCCUCCCAGACAUCCCAAGACACGGGCGGCGGAAGAAAACGAGCAGAUCCAAGCCCCAUGCUGCGGAUACAUACAAGUCCUCGCAUUCGGAUCCUGGUCCCAACUCUGGAACGGAAUCCAUAUCUGUAUCCCUGGAAGCCACCAUGUGUCAGACACCUUAG